UGGCGGGAAAGCGGCGGCGGGGUGGAAUGGCUGCGGCGAGGCGGAAUGGCGGCGGCUGCGGACUCGUUCUCAGGCGGCCCCGCGGGGGUGCGGCUUCCGAGGUCGCCGCCACUCAAGGUGCUGGCGGAGCAGCUGCGGCGCGACGCGGAGGGCGGCCCGGGCGCGUGGCGGCUGUCACGGGCGGCGGUGGGCCGCGGGCCGCUGGACCUGGCGGCCGUGUGGAUGCAGGGCAGGGUAGUGAUGGCGGACCGCGGCGAGGCGCGGCUGCGGGACCCGAGCGGAGACUUCUCGGUCCGCGGCCUGGAGCGGGUGCCGCGCGGGCGGCCCUGUCUAGUCCCAGGAAAGUAUGUGAUGGUGAUGGGAGUGGUUCAGGCCUGCAGCCCUGAGCCCUGCCUGCAGGCUGUGAAGAUGACAGACCUUUCUGAUAAUCCCAUCCAUGAAAGUAUGUGGGAACUGGAGGUAGAAGAUUUACACAGGAAUAUUCCUUAGAGUAUGUUGGAACUGUCGUUAAAAACAACCAAAAUCCCGAAACUAUUUAGAAGCUUAUAAUGAUGUGGAUUUCAUGGACACUUUUCAAUGUGUAUUUUUCAAAUGCUUCUCAGAGAGCCUUGCUUUGGUUGACCAAGGAGUCCGGAUGUAGGAAUGUUUAAAUCCUCGGAUACUUCAGUGACACAGCCUCUGCUGCCCCUUGCUUUGCCUGUGUUUGCUGAUGAAAAGCAGAUGCUUGUGUUUCUUUUUCCUUCCUGGUUUGUGUGUGUUAAUUCUCUCUCUCUCUCUCUCAGACACAGAAGUCUCAUGUUGCAUUUUCCAAAUUUUAUGAGUGAUGAUACUUUUUCCAUUACUGCUGCGUCCCUGUUUUACAAUGCAAAAUUUAAGUAUGGUCAUUGCCCAUGGUGAUUAAAGUGUGGUUAUGGGCAGGAAGACAGACUGUGUAAAAAAGGAAUGACAUCCUGGCUCCUCAUCUUCUUCAUCAUCAACUACCAUAACCAGUUUGCAAGUGAAAUGGCAUUUCCUAACGGCAGGCAUGGCGGCCCCUGAAAGACAACAGCUCCCUUUCUGCUUCGGACACCACUCAAACAUUUAGACGCAGCUCUAUCCCUUUUCCUAGCUAGAGAAGGUGAUGCCUUCUUCCAUUACUCAGAGAUGUUGAGACGUUUUCAGAAUUUCUUGUUGAAAUGAAAAACAUCAAGAUAAAGGACGCCUUUCAGGCAUUAGCUAAACUUCCACUUCAUAACUUUGGGCGAGACGUGGUGAGCCUCCUGGUGUAGAGUUCUUUUGUCUUUGUAUGGAAUGACUUUUUGCUGUGAUGGUUUUCAAUGUUGGGUUUCUGCUGUCUGCUUAGUACCCAUGCCUGAAUUUUUUGAGAUUGUAAAUAUCAAAGGAGUUAGAUUGUGUUCUGACAUGGUUGUAGACUUUCACCUGGAUUAUUGAUAUUCUACCUCUAAUAAAUUUUUUAAUAGGC